AUGGCUGAGGAUUCAGAGCUAUGGGAUGUGAUCUGUGAUGGUCCUUUUGUUCCCAUGAAAACUAUUGGUGAGGGAAUAACUACAGUCACAAAGACAAGAACAGAGUACAAAGAUGUUGAUCGAAAGGCCGUGAAGAAGAACUUCAAGGCAAAGAAGAUUCUUGUUUGUGGCAUUGACCAGAUGAAUACAACUGCAUCUCAGCCUGUCAAGCAGUCAAAAAUUGAUUUGCUCACUACUGAGUACGAGCUUUUCAAGAUGAAAGAGGAUGAGUCUAUUCAGUACAUGUACACACGCUUCACUCCAUCAUCAAUGAUCUUCACUCCCUUGGAGAUGUCAUACCCAGAAACAAGCUGGUCGAAAAAUACUCGUUGUGUUACUUGGUUCCUGGGAGAGUAA